AUGACGCCCAGGAAAGCACUCAAGACCGCCGUCGAGGCCGUAGCCUCCUCCUCGACGCUCCGACGCAGUAGCCGCAGGUCAGCAUCGAGUGCGAGUACGACAGUCCAGCAGUCGCCAAAGGAGAACCCAAUACCAAACGCAACAACGUCCUCAGUGCGGCAGCUACCUCCUUCAACAAAGCGGCAGAAAGUCGACUCCGAGUCUGAUGCUCCUUCGCCGCAAGUCGCGCCUUCAUCGCAAGCACGACGCCGCGUCAAAGCAGAACCCCCCGCGCCGCCGAUCAAGCAAGAGCCCGAAACGGACGAGGUGAAACCUGCACCUGCGAUCAAAAGGCGGCGGACGAAGAAAGAGGUCGACGAAGCUGAGAUCUUCCCGCCGCGGCCUCCGCCCGUGUCCGCUGCGGUAUCGGGAGGAGCGGGCGCUCCGAGGGGUCUGUACAUCGGCGCGCACAUCAGCUCGGCCGGUGGUGUGGAGAAUGCACCGCUCAACGCGCUGCGUAUCGGGGCGAACGCAUUUUCCUGCUUCGUGCGGCCCAAGAUGCAGUGGGCCUCGACACCUAUCGCUGACACCUCUGCCGAGCUGUUCAAGCAGCGUGUGCUGGACCACUCGUUCAUGCCUGCACCCGCCAAGUCCUCUGCGCUAGGUUCUGCUCCACCAGAUGGAUUCGUCGUGCCGCACGGCUGCUACCUGGUCAAUCUGGCUAACCCGGACGAGGCGAAGCGGGACAAGUCGUUCGAGGCGUUUAUGGACGAUCUGCGUCGGUGCGAGCUGCUCGGCAUCCGUCUGUUCAACUUCCAUCCGGGCUCGAUGACGGCGGCGUCUGUGGCGGAUGCGCCGGUGGAAGAGCGCGUCAACGGCGUGCGUCCCGCCAAGGCAGAAGCGUGCGCGACGGUGGCGUCGUACAUCAACCGCGCGCACGCACUUACGCGCUCCGUCACCAUCCUCGUCGAAAACAUGGCCGGCUCAAAGAACGAUACGCUGCUCGGAUCAUCGCUCUCGGACCUGGCAUGCAUCCUAUCGCACGUCAAGGACAGGUCUCGUGUGGGUGUCUGCAUCGAUACGUGCCACGCAUUUGCAGCGGGCUACGACCUCACCACCCCACAAGCAUAUGCCGACUUCGCAGCCGAGAUCGACCGCACCCUCGGUUGGAAGUGCGUCAAAGCAAUGCAUUUGAACGACUCCAAAUUUGGCCUGGGAUGCAGGAGGGAUCGACAUGAGAACAUCGGCCGGGGAUGUAUCGGCAUCGGUGGGUUCUGGAACAUCGUCAACGAUCCGCGCUGUGCCGAUAUACCGCUCAUCCUCGAGACGCCUGCCCUGGGCGCAGCUUCCGCAGCAUAUGCGGCCAAGGAAGCGACGGUCAAGAUGCAUCAGGUGUGGUCGUUUCAGAUCCAAGCCCUCCAUGCGCUCCGUGGGACGGAGUGGGGGAAGUGGAAAGAAGCCGAAGAGUGGCUGGCAAAAGCCGACCAGGUCAUCAUCCAAGCCGCCGCCGCCCAUGCGGUCAAGAAGCGCUCUUCGAACCAGCCAACCAAGGCGCGAAAGAAAGCUCACGAUGCGGAGGAAAGCGAGCUGAGUGAGGAAGAAUAA